AUGUCGUCAAUUCUAGAUCAGCUUAUGACCUCCGAGGCAGAUGGCGGCCCCAUGCUGGGUAGCUCUCAGCGGUCUGACGCCCCGCCAACGAGCUCCCGCCUCCCGCUGGCCUCGGAGAGCAAUGCACCCAUGAGCGAGGCACCAGAAUUUGCCGAUGAUCAGGUUGUCGGUGCUGGGAGCAGGUCGUCCCGGCGUCCUCGACACCCUAUGUACGGUGCAGGACCACCCCCCGUUCGCGAUGUAGCCGGUGAAAAGGUGCAGCAGGCCUUUGAAGAAUUGCUAGAAACGCACGUUGAAGACCCCAUGUCAUCCGGCGCUCCUCCCACAUCAUCGGAGAUGCUCAGUGAUAAAUACUAUAUCUCCCAGAUUCACGGAAUGCAAAAACUACAGCUCUCUACCCUCUACGUCGACUUUACCCACCUCAGCUCGAACCAAGUACUGGCCGAUGCAAUUGUAAAUCAAUACUACAGAUUUCAGCCUUAUCUCACAAAGGCGCUACAUAAUUUGAUUGCAAAAUACGAGCCUCAGUAUUUCCGUGCGCAUAAACAGCUUGGAAGUCAUUCGUCGCAGGCCGGGACUUCAACUGUAGCUCUCGAUAGCACAGAACCGGACUCUCUAGCCGGGAAGACCAGGUACCAGCAAACUGAUAAAGUGUUUACCCUGGCGUUCUAUAAUCUUCCACUCGUCUCGCGACUUCGACAACUGCGAACGGCACAGAUUGGAACGCUUUCCUCCAUAUCAGGAACGGUCACAAGGACGUCUGAAGUACGUCCAGAACUUGCACUGGGAACAUUCAUUUGUGGGAACUGUAACAAUGUGUGCCCGGAUAUCGAACAAAGUUUCAAAUUUACAGAGCCUACCCAGUGUACAAGUGCUACAUGUGGUAACCGUAUCGGAUGGCGCCUGGAUAUAAGGAAAAGCACUUUCGUUGACUGGCAGAAGGUCAAGCUGCAAGAGUCAGCACAUGAGAUACCCACUGGCAGUAUGCCCAGGACGAUGGAUGUAAUCUUACGCGGAGAGAUGGUUGACCGUGCAAAGGCCGGUGAAAGGUGUAUCUUUACCGGGAUGCUUGUUGUGAUUCCAGAUAUCAGCCAAUCAGGCCUACCUGGCGUUCGGCCCGAAGCAACUAGAGACUACGGAAAUUUCCGAGGCGGUGACGUUGGCGGCAAUGGCGUCAGCGGUCUGAAAUCACUUGGUGUGAGAGAUCUCACAUAUCGCCUUGCGUUCCUUGCAUGCAUGGUGACACCUGAUUUGUCUACCCCUGGCCAGUCGUCAAACCAGAACUUAACUGGCCAGGCUCCAAAUAUCCUGUCUUCAUUGAACCAGGUUGAGGCUCCAGAUGAUGUUGAAGAGGAGGCACAAACUGCUCUGCUUCACUCGUUAACCCCUUAUGAAGUCCAGGACCUAAAGCAGAUGGUGCAUUCUGACUACAUAUAUGCCCGACUAAUUGAUUCAAUCGCUCCUAUGAUUUAUGGUCAUCAUCAGAUCAAAAAGGGCUUACUCUUGCAAUUAGUCGGCGGAGUAAGCAAACGAACAGUAGAGGAAUCGAUGCAGCUUCGAGGUGAUAUAAAUAUCUGUAUUGUUGGUGACCCAUCUACCAGCAAAAGUCAAUUUUUGAAAUACAUUUGUAAGCUACAUCCGCGUGCAGUUUAUACCAGUGGUAAAGCAUCAUCUGCCGCCGGUCUUACUGCUGCUGUCGUUAAAGAUCCCGAAACUGGAGAAUUUACGAUUGAAGCUGGUGCCCUGAUGCUUGCAAACGGCGGUGGAAUUUGCGCUAUCGAUGAGUUCGACAAGAUGGAUAUAAGCGACCAGGUUGCUAUCCACGAAGCCAUGGAACAGCAAACUAUUUCAAUCGCCAAAGCCGGAAUUCACACUACUCUUAAUGCGCGAGCAAGUAUCCUGGCUGCCGCAAACCCUAUAGGAGGAAGAUAUAAUCCCAAGACUACUCUCCGAGGAAAUCUUAAUUUCAGCGCUCCUAUCAUGAGUCGAUUCGACCUUUUCUUUGUUAUUCGAGAUGACCCUAAUGAGGCAGUGGACAGAAACCUUGCAGAUCACAUUGUAAAUGUCCAUAUGAACCGAGAUGAUGCUGUUAAACCUGAAUUAUCCACAGAGCAGCUACAGAGGUAUAUCCGGUUUGCGCGAACAUUCCGUCCAGUCUUUACCGAAGAGGCUAGAGCUCUGGUUGUGGAGAAAUAUAAAGAGCUCCGAGCGGACGAUGCACAAGGAGGCAUGGGCAGAAGCAGCUACAGGAUCACUGUGCGACAACUAGAGAGUUUGAUUCGAUUAUCUGAGGCUGUGGCUAAAGCCAAUUGUGUGGAAGAGGUCAUUCCCAGCUUUGUGAAGGAAGCAUACGACUUGCUGAGGCAGAGUAUCGUUACCGUGGAGAAAGACGAUGUUGACGUUGACGAUGAGGAGGUACCUCCUGCGGCAGCCAACCAACCCGAUACUGAGGACCACAACAUGAUGGAUGAGGAUGAGAAUACGCAACAAAACGCCGAUGCCCCACAAGCCAACGGUGAGAAUCGAUCUCAGAAGGUGAAGAUAACUUACGAUAAAUACAUGCGUGUCCUAAAUGUUCUUGUUCGCCGUGUUAAUGAUGACGAGAACCGGAGCGGAGAAGGUGUUGAAGAAGAGGAUCUCAUCCUUCAUUAUCUUGAGCAAGUCGAGUCCGAGCUGAACAAUGAAGAAGAGCUAGAGCAAGAGCGAUCUUUGGUGACGAAGAUAUUGAGGAGGAUGGUCAAGGAUAACAUCCUUAUGCAAAUACGUGGAGAUGGGCUGAUGGAGACUGAUGGCGGAGAACAGCCUGCGGAGGAACCUAAAGUGGUAUAUGUCCUGCACCCGAACUGUGCAGUGGAGGAGAUGUAA